CAACGGCCGGCUACCAUAGACUGCACGUAUAUGAUUGGGUAGUUCGCGGGUGUCGUUGAAAACAGUCGUUUGCUAGACGUAAUAGCAGAUCAAGCAAGAUGAGUAUGAGAAAACAAACGCCGAGUGACUUCCUUAAGCAGAUAAUUGGUAGACCAGUGGUGGUCAAACUAAACUCUGGUGUGGAUUACAGAGGUGUUCUGGCCUGUCUGGAUGGUUACAUGAACAUCGCCAUUGAACAGACAGAAGAGUAUGUUAAUGGACAGCUCAAGAACAAGUAUGGGGAUGCCUUUCUGAGAGGAAACAAUGUUCUGUACAUCAGCACCCAGAAGAGGAAGGUGUGAUGGAUAUUGCCUUUUGUUCAAAAUAUUUUUGUUUUGUUAAAUACUAGUCAAUGUGGAAGUUUUCAGUUCUUAAAAUGAUAAAGCUCUGCAAGAUGUUUUUUUUUGUAAGUUUUAAAGUUGAUGCAUUUUAUUUGGGUUGUCUUGUUUUGUUAUAAUAAAGCAAAUUGUUUAAAGAUU